AGCCUUUUUGCCUUCCAGUCUGCGUGCCCAGCGCGGUCAGCUGCUCCACCUGGCGCGGAUCCCCUGCAGGAUGGCGGGCAGCCUCGUUCUGCUGCUCUUUGCCGCCAGGAGCGCCGCCGUGGCGAGCGGUACGGGCAGCUGCCCAGGCAAGCUCGCGGUGGCUGGUAGCGAGCCCGUGUCGCUCGUGAACGCCAAGUGGAACAUAGCUGGCGACGCCGCGGGCAAGGUGGAGGUCGGAUCCGACGGAGGCUCGAUCGUGACGCACAUGAAGGGGCGCACCUACUUCGGUAGCGACUGCAAGGACGGGUCCUACGACAACAAAAACUACGUCGCCAUGAAGCUGCUCGGGAAGACGCUGCGGUACACAGUCGACAUGAGCGGGGCGGGCUGCGGCUGCAACGCCGCCCUGUACCUGACCUCGCUGCACCAGAACGACAAGGAGUCGCAGUGCGAGGACUACUACUGCGACGCGAACAACGU